GCUCAACAUCGGCAAAAAAAGCAAAAACGUCUUACUUAAUUCAACAUAAAAUUGCUGGCUUGAAAAUGAUGUUACAGUGUUAUAAUUUGGCAUACCAAUGCGCAAAGAAGUGACGCAACCUUGCUGAAAAAUUUGGCUCGUUAUUUGCACUCGAAUUUGAGAUAUAGGCCUCCAAAGUUCGGAAAGUUUUUUUUUGGGCCACCCGGUAAAUCGGAUCAGCAUAAAUUUUCUAUCUCGAAUGGGAAGAGCAAGUCGUUCAUUGGGGAUUCGCCUCCACAUGGAUACAGGUUAUCGUUCACGACGCGACGGAAAGUCAAAGGCAUUCAAAUAAAUUUGAAAAGUUUAUAUAGGGUAUGCGAUGUGCACCCAUCUCAUUCACGUUAUGUAAGUCUUUCUAGUCACAUACCUACAGCCAAUGCUAAUCUAAAUUCCAGUCGUUCGAUACGGUGCAUCUCUGCACCAAGUACCGACUAUCAAUGAGUUCAGCCGCAGAAUCGUUUGAAUCAGACGCAACUGCAAGUCAUCCUGAAGCGGUGAGCGCCUUUACUGAGAGCCGAGUCUCUCAGGUGGGACACGUCACUUCGAGAGCCGUCCACACCUGCCUGAAUCAUCCUGCCGAGUCAUCGCAGGACGUCACCAUGGCAACUGACGCCCGAGGGAAAUGCCAUCGUAGGUAUGGUGUGUGAGUCGCGAGCGGUCCACGAGCGAAACAAAAAUACCCCGCCGAAUGUCAACUUCGCUACGGUGAAAAAGUUACCAAACUGCUAUACGGAUCACAUUGCCAUUUCGGCCACACAAUGGACAAAGUCGCAGUUUAUGAAAUGCAUUGCUAAUCAAAUGUUAAAUUCAUAUAGGUGUCUAUCUACAUGUAACAUACAUUAUCGUGAAAACGUCAUUGUAGAGUGGUUCUGAACGUUUUCAGAUAAAUUUUGCCACAGAUAACAGUAGUAACAGAUAACAGAUAACAUAUAACAGUAGUGUGAUUUUGCACAUUAUUGUUAGGUUUGCAAACUAGCGCUCCUUUCUUCAUCGUCGAAGAACCUGUGCAAUCUAAAACGUGCACAGGCGUGGUCAUGUUUUAGAUAUUUUCGGCCAGGCCACGGGCCGUUUACAUAAGUUUGCUGCACAGUUAUGUGCAGCCGAUCCAUUGCUAUGUUUAUUGGCGGGUCGACUCAGCAAUGACGUCGCAGUUGCAUGUGGUGAGUGGCGACUGACACUGUCUUGUUAACACGGGACCUUGGUGCCGCAUCAGACGGACGGGCGGAGGUCUGGUACUGUGCAACGUCAUUCCAGCGUAAGGCCGUCGGCCAUUCAUCCGACUUUCCUGCUCGUUCAUUCACCCUGUGACAACACCCUCGCUGUUCCACCGUGCCUCACCUGACCUCGUCCCAUGGCCGGUGCUGACUCUACCGUUACCCGUCUGGGUUGGUCGGCGUCUGCUCCCCCAGUCUGGCCGCCUGGAGCCGCCUCUGCGCGCUGCAGGGGUGUCCGGCUCCGCCUAUUUGUCCGCCGUCCGGCCCCGCCUCCGUCCACUAGCUCGUGCUCCUCCGAAUCGAGAGGUCGGCCGUCCAAAGUCUCCGUACCGUACCCAACUCCAAACCAGCAGCCAUGGGUGUCGAUCUGUACUACAUGGACCUGAGCGCCCCGUGCCGCUCGGUUAUGCUGCUCGCUAAGGCCAUCGGACUGGAGCUCAACCUCAAGGUCACCAACAUUAUGACUGGAGAGACCCGCACUCCCGAGUUCAUCAAGAUGAACCCUCAGCACUGCCUGCCUACCAUGGAUGACGACGGCUUCAAGCUGUGGGAGAGCCGCGCCAUUCUGUCGUACCUGGCCUCCAAGUACGGUCCGGCGCACCUGUACCCGAGCGACCCCAAGGAGCGGGCCGUGGUAGACCAGAGGCUCUACUUCGACAUGGGAACGCUCUACGAACGCUUCGGCAAGUGUGUGUACCCGCUUAUGUUCGGAGACGGCAAGAUCGCCGAUAAUGCGCUGGACAACCUGAAGGAGGCCCUCGGCUGGCUGGAGGGCUUCUUCGGCGACAACCAGUUCGUCGCCGGUCCCAAGCAGACGGUGGCAGACUUCGCCAUCGCCUCCACUGUGGCCACCAUUGAGGCCUGUGAGCUGGUCGACCUGGCCGCCUACCCCAAGCUGAGCGCCUGGCUGGCCGCCUGCAAAACGGACAUGCCCGGAUACGCCGAGCUCAACGGUCAGGGUGCCACCGCCUUCGGCGGCUUCUACAAGGCCAAGCUCAAUGCCUAAUCUUGCCAUUACAGGGUCGUCGAUCGUCAAUACCAAAUGUUAUUACGUUUUGUAUUUGUUGCUGUUCUAACGGGAUGCUUCAAGGACGGCGAUGACGUUCUUGUUCCGUACUCACAUGCAAUUGUUGAAAUGAUUGUUCAUGCUCUUGUGUUAUUAUCGGCUACUGCACUUUUGUGAAAGACCUUACGUCUCCAUAUUUAACAUUUUCGUACGGUCGUGUUUUGUUUUAAUGCAUUCCGAUCAAGCCAGGCUGUCAAAUACAAAUUUUGUACAAAAA